CCGCCCGUCGGUGCCAUCGGUGUAGCGGCGUACGCGCGCGGCCGCCUUGUCGCUGUCAGUUCAGUGCAGUCGCGUUGUGGUGGUUGUGUUGACGGGCGUUUUUGUUUCGUUGCUGUGUCGCGGCACGUCACGGUGCAUUUUCCUUUCGCCUUUGCCCCGCGGUGCUGCAUACACCGCCACCGGAUGGUCAGUGGUCGGUGCUCGGUCGCAGUGCUUCGUCUCGCUUGAAUUUUUGGUGCGUCCGAAUCGAGACAAGUGCGCUCUCCACACGCCGCGCGAGUUCGUGUUUCUCUGGUGCCUGUUGACGAAUAAGCGAAUACAUUUUUUCCGGUGAAGAUGGCUGGUCGACUCGCCGGUCAGACGAUCAACGACAGGCUCUUAGCGGCGAAGCAUAGCAUCGCUGGUCAAGGAUUAGCCAAGUCCGUAUGUAAAGCGACCACCGAGGAGCUGAUACCACCGAAGAAGAAGCAUCUUGAAUAUUUGGUACAAUGCACAAACGAGCCGAAUGUCAGCAUACCGCAGUUGGCGAAUUUACUUAUCGAGCGCUCACAAAACACCAACUGGGUUGUUGUUUACAAGGCCCUUAUCACCGUGCAUCACAUCAUGUGCCAUGGUAACGAAAGAUUUACACAAUACUUGGCUUCAAGCAAUAGCAGUUUUCAAUUAAGCACUUUCCUUGACAAAAGUGGCGUACAAGGAAUGCUGAGUAUUAAAACUGGUUACGACAUGUCACCUUUUAUCAGAAGAUACGCUCAUUAUAUCAACGAAAAAGCCUUAUCGUACCGAACGGUUGCAUUCGACUUCUGCAAGAAACGAAGCAAUGACGAUGGUCUUCUACGCACAAUGCACACGGACAAGCUCCUCAAAACCCUUCCCAUCCUGCAGAGUCAGCUCGACGCUCUACUCGAGUUCGAUUGCACCGCCAACGACCUCACCAACGGUGUCAUCAAUAAAUCCUUCAUGUACCUCUUCGGCGAUCUUAUUAGGCUGUUCGCCUGCUACAAUGGCGGUAUUAUCAAUCUGCUAGAGAAGUACUUCGAUAUGAACAAGAAGCAAUGCAAGGAGGCACUCGACAUCUAUAAAAAGUUCCUCACACGGAUGGAUCGGGUCGGGGAGUUUUUGAAAGUUGCCGAAAACGUUGGAAUCAAUAAGGGAGAAAUUCCUGAUCUCACAAAGGCACCCAGCAGUUUACUGGAGGCGCUGGAGCAACAUUUGGCACACGUUGAAGGGAAGAAAACUUCGGGCGCUAGCACACCAUCCCAAAAUGCCAGUAAUCAGAAGAAUUUGCGUUCGGCUGUAACCGCAUUAUCUUCCACCAGUUCGAGCUUCGGCACGGUAGUCGCAAACGGGCGCAUUGACCAGCACGCGAAUGGGCUCGACGAGCACAUUAAAUUAAAAAUACUGGCUGAGGAAGAAGCUGCCAUGAAUCAAUUUAAAACAAAGAAACAGUACUCGCCGCCGACAAUGUCCACCGCCAACAAUCCUUUCUUCUCGUCGACAGCGACGACAACUUUGGCAAAUAUGCCAGCGGAAACGCAAUCCUCUGCGGACUUCUUCGCCGACAGCGCGACCACAACGACCACUCAAUCACGCCCGUCCGAUGAUUUGCUGCAGUUGAACAAUCCGUUUGCGGACGCAUUCGCGCAGCCAGCCAACGCGUUUGCCGCUCCACAGUUGCCAAUGAUCCAGCAGCCAAAUAAUAUCAAUGCGUGGAUGGCAAAUGGCAAUGGAUACACAACCCCCGCUAGCAAUACAAAUGGCGGCGGUGCCUUUGUGUCCGAAUCGAGUUUCCAAUCGGUAUUCGGCAAUACCGAAGUUAAAACUGCCGACGGCACCAAAAUUCCCGAGUUAGACUCCUUCAAUCCUUUCCUGGUCGAAGAUAAAGAACCCUCUUUGCUCCUGGACACUUCAUCUCCCUCGAAUUGCGCACAACCCAUUCAAGAGGUGCUCAAUUUCUUCCAAAAAGACAAUACACUAACAAUACAUUUAAACGAAUCGAACGAAAGGACUGACGCAAACAAGUCUGAUCAUAAGUUAAGUUUUGGCGAGAGUCUCACGUUGAAUUUCUCGACGGUCGUCGCCAACGGCAGUGGUGCAGUGGCACCAUUGCUCAUCGACAAACAAGACAAUAUCACCAAGUGUAAUCGUCCCCCGCGACCGCCGCCUCCCUCACGCCGUCCCUCGAACCUAUCCACGCCUGCCAGUCCUCCACGCUCAUUCUAUUCCGGUUCCAAUGACAACGUUUUCACUGCUACUACAGACGAGCAACCGCAUUGUUCACAAAGCAUUGAUUCCGGAUUUGACGCGUUGGGUGGCGUGCUGCAACCGAUGCCCUUGGCGGGCAAUCAAAAUAAUCAAAACAAUCAGGCAUCAAACAAUAACAAUAAUAAUAAUAAUAAUAUUCAAGAACAACAGUCUGGUAGUGCCUUAUUGACCGGCGAUCUGGAGUCGAGUCUGGCUUCUUUAGCUCAAAACUUAUCGAUAAACAGCCGGCAAGUGCCCGUUAAAGAAAUACAAUGGAAUUCGCCUAAAAAUGGUUCUAAAGUGGGUGCUAGUUGGACACCUGCACCAGUGUCUAGCACUACUGGUGGGGCAGGUUACAAACCAAUGAAUCAGUCCAUGUCCCAACAAAACAUCAUGCAAACCCCUAUGUUUACAACACCUAUGCAACCAAUGAUGGGAAUGCGUCCAAUGGUAGCAAACAAUAUGAUUCCUCCAAUGGGAUCGUCACAACCACCUGCAGCACACCCAAUGGGCCAGCAGUCUCUUCUGUUCCAUUAGAUCACUUAUCACUUAUCUCACCAAUGUACGCAAAUCCCCAAUAUUUUCACCAACGAUAAUAAUGAAAAAAUAUUUGUGCUAUAUUCAAUAUUUAUUGAUAUUACUAUAGCUAGAUUUAACUUAAAUGUUUUGCCUAAAAAUGGCAGACGUUUGUUCGGAUUGGAGGGAACAUAUGAUGAUUUUUUCACGAUUGUAAGUUCAACUUUCAGUGCACUACUCAACUUUAUCUCAUGAAAGGCGAGCAUUGAAUAGAUAAACACAAUUAACACUGAUUGUGAGCGCAUACUUUUUCACGAAUGAUAAACAUUAUCGGUAAAUUGAGUUGUUGCUGUAGCUCAAUUGAAUGGUAUAAAGGAGCAUUCAUAUCAAGGUGAUAAAUAUCGGAAGCGGGCGUUUUUUGAUAACUUUACAAAAUUAUACACGAUGUUAAUUUAAUCAAUACAUGUCCCAACAUGUUAGAAAGAACGACUGUCAAUUUACACUUGAAAUUAAUCGUUUCGGACAAUAAUUCCAAAUUCCCAGCAAGAAUACGAUGUAAAAUGUACCAAGAAGACAAUGAACUAGACAUUAGCUUUUAAAUGUUUGACGUUUAACGUUGAAUCAGACAUAAAUAAUUCUUGUGAUUUUUGCGCCAUUACACCACUAUAUUCUUGUACUGGACUGUACAUUAUCAAUAUAUCUUUGUAAUACGUACUCUUGUAAAGAAGAACUUAUCAUGGAUGCAAUUUAAUAACUAUGCUAUUAGGCACUAAGUAAAUGAUAAUAGACAAAUUGAUAAUGAUGUGUAUGCCAUACGGAUAUAUUUUGUAAUGAUUGUUCCACGAAAUUGCGUUUUACUCUAAAGCACUAUUAUUCGCUGGGGGAAGAGGAUAGAUAGAAAUAUGCGCCAUACAUUAUUUUUUAUUAUUGUGAAUGAAGUAAUAUGGAAAUUUAUAUUUGCACUUUUGAUGCAAGAACUUAAAAGCAAACGGAGUUGGUGUAAAUGUUAAGGAAAGAGAUUAAUAGUUAAAUGUGAGUGUGCUUUUGUCACUUGAAAUGCAAUUUGAAAAACAAGUUGCAGAAACAUAUCAAAUAACGUUAAUUGUAAAUGAACUUAUCUAUUUGAUGUGGUACAUUUUAAUAGUGAAUGCUGUGCUUGUUUAAAUAUUUUUAGUCCAUAUGAUACUAUUGAUAAUUGCAAAAGGCAAGACCAACAGGAAGCAUCAAUAUGAUUAAAUUGAGAACGUUUGUAUAUAAUACAUAUUAUAAUUGGGA